UCACAGUCCAGCCUCUGUCUGGGGAAGAGGCUCUCAAGCAGCUUUAGAUGAUUAUGGAUUUUCUGAGCGAGAAGUUUGCCCUGAAGAGCCAGCCGAGCAAGAACAGUGACUUUUAUAUGGGAGCAGGAGGCAGUUUGGAGCACGUUAUGGAAACUUUGGACAAUGAGUCCUUUUAUAGCAAAACGUCAGGCAGCAAAUGUGUACAGGCCUUCAACCCUCUGCAAAGAGCUGAGCAUCAUGUGAGGCUGGAGAGGACAUCACCCUGCCAGGACAGCAACGUGAACUACGGGAUUACUAAAGUGGAAGGACAGCCUCUUCACACAGAGCUGAGCAGGCCCAUGGACAAUUGCAACAAUCUCAGGAUGUCUCCAGUGAAAGGGCUGCAGGAGAAGGGGGACCUGGAUGAACUUGGUGAUAAGUGUGACAGCAAUGUCUCCAGCAGUAAGAAGAGGAGACACAGAACAACUUUCACCAGUUUGCAGCUGGAGGAACUGGAGAAAGUAUUCCAGAAAACUCACUACCCCGAUGUCUAUGUAAGAGAACAGCUAGCUCUGAGAACAGAGCUCACUGAGGCCAGAGUCCAGGUUUGGUUCCAGAAUCGAAGGGCAAAAUGGAGAAAAAGAGAGCGCUAUGGUCAGAUCCAGCAAGCCAAGAGCCACUUUGCUGCCACCUAUGACAUAUCUGUUCUUCCAAGGACUGACAGCUACCCUCAGAUUCAGAACAAUCUGUGGGCAGGGAAUGCGGCCAGUGGUUCUGUGGUUACCUCCUGCAUGCUGCCACGAGAUACGUCCUCCUGUAUGACACCUUACUCCCACUCACCCCGGACAGAUUCUGGCUACACAGGCUUUUCAAACCACCAGAACCAAUUUAGCCACAUGCCCCUCAAUAAUUUUUUCACUGACUCGUUGCUUUCUGGGGCAACCAAUGGACAUGCUUUUGAAACCAAGCCAGAGUUUGAAAGGAGGUCCUCCAGCAUUGCAGUUCUACGGAUGAAAGCCAAAGAGCAUGCUGCCAAUAUUUCUUGGGCCAUGUAAUAUAGCAGUACCCUCUCUCAAUUUCUUUCUUUUUUUUUUUUUUUUAAAGCAAACUAAAACCAUUUUUAUUUCCCAUAUUUAAAGGGAACAACAAUAAGCUGCUGUGUGUGGAAUGCUAGAAGUCACAAUAUACACGAUGUCUGCUUAAAGAAAUGCAAUAUAAUAUUUAACAAUAAACCAAGAAUAAACCAAAUAGAUUUACCAUGCAUCAAGCUAAACAAGCCCUCUUUGUUUUUCUUUUUAUAUAUGUUUUGUUGUACCAGUUGAUGAAAUAUGAUUAUAGAACCUGAAAAAAAAAAAUAAAACUACUAAGCAAAUAUGUCUA